AUGAGCUCCAGCCAAAGUCCCUUCCAGUCCCCUUCAGGUGCCUUCAAGGGCUCCGGCUAUGGCUGGGCCAGGCCUGGGAUCUUCCCGAGGCCACCCAGUGUCCAUGGAGGUGCAGGAGGUAUGAGAGUCUCUAUUUCCUCCACUAGGUCAUUCUGCCCAUCUGCUCAUGGAGCUGGGGGCUAUGUAGGGGGCCUUGGUGGAAACCAAGGAGGCAGCUUCCUCCUUGGUGGCAGUGGGAAGCAGACCAUGCAGAAUCUGAAUGACCGCCUGGCUUCUUACCUGGAGAAGGUACGCUCCCUGGAGGCAGCCAAUAUAAAACUCGAAAGUUGCAUUCUGGAGUGGCAUAAGAAAAGGGACCUGGAUAAGAAGCAAGAUUACUCUCAGUAUGAGGAAAAUAUCAGCAACCUGCACGAACAGAUUAUGGAUGGAAAGCUGGAAAAUGCUAAGAUUCUCCUUCAUAUUGACAAUGCCAGGAUGGCCGUAGAUGACUUCAGCCUCAAGUAUGAAAAUGAACUGUCCUUCAAGAAAGACCUGGAAACAGAAGUGGAGGCACUUCGGAAGAUCCUGGAUGACCUGACAAUUGUCACAACCGACCUGGAAAUGGAGGUGGAGGGCAUGAGGAAGGAGCUUAUUCUCAUGAAGAAACACCAUGAGGAGGAAAUUAGCAAACAGCACAUGACAGAUGACAUCAAGGUCAGCGUGAAGGUGAACUCAACCCCAGGAGAAGAUCUGAUUAAGAUCCUAGAGGACAUGAGGCAAGAAUAUGAGUUGAUAAUUAAGAAGAAACAUCAAGACUUGGACACAUGGUACAAAGAACAGUCGGAAUCAGUGUCCCAGGAAUUGGAAAGCAGAACAGUGGCUGUGCAGAGCAGCAAGGACAAUAUCCAUGAACUGAGACGAACCUUCCAGGCCCUAGAGAUUGACCUUCAAACCCAGAAGAAUAAAAAGUGUGCCCUGGAGGGCAUGUUGGCAGAUACCCAGUCCCGCUACUCCUGCCAGCUCCAGGAUAUGCAGCAGAUCAUCUCCCAUUAUGAGGAGGAGCUGAUACAACUGCGCCAUGACCUGGAGCGCCAGAACAAUGAAUACAAGAUCCUGCUGGGCAUCAAGAACCACCUGGAGAAUGAGAUUGCCACCUACCGCCACCUCAUGGAGGGCGAGGACAAAGGAAAAACAGAAGACUACAAAUCAGAGAUGAAAGCUCCCAAGAUCAAGGCCAUAAUGCAGGAGACUGUGAAUGGAAAAGUUGUCCUUUUGAAAGUCAAUGAGAUUCCGAAGCCUGAAUGAAGCAUAUAAAAGUUCUUGCCAGUUGUAAAUACAUUUCUAAUG